UUCUGUUCAGCGGGCUACAUGUAUCAACGACAGCAGACGACUCCUAACAGUUUCUUGUUUGAUUCGAAAUUAAGUGAAGUCACUCCUGAAGGGCAAAGUGGCAUUGGAACUUCCCGUAGCGGUGAAUAUGAAGACGGUCAAAUGUUUGACAUGGAUGCCGUUGAAAGUGAGUCCAUCUUUACGAGGUCAAUCCAACUUAUUUCUUCUUUGUUGGUUUAUUUCAGGCUCAGUCAACUGGCUUCAAUCGCUUCCACGCCAGUGACACCAAAGAAAACACGGUAUCGUGAAGAGACUAAGCAGCUUAUUAAUCUAGUAGUAGUUGGACAUGUUGACGCCGGGAAAAGUACGCUUAUGGGUCACCUUUUAUAUCAGUUGGGAUACGUGGAUCAACGUACAAUUCAUAAGUACAGACAGGAGUCAGCUAGAUCUGGGAAGGGUUCGUUCGCGUUCGCAUGGGUACUAGAUGAAACUGAAGAGGAACGUUCUCGAGGUGUAACUAUGGAUGUUGCGAAAACGUCAUUUGAAACGAUUUCAAAGCGAGUCGUAUUGUUGGAUGCUCCGGGUCAUAAAGACUUUAUUCCCAAUAUGAUCACUGGCGCAUCGCAAGCUGACGCUGCUAUUCUUGUUAUAAAUUCGGCACGAGGGGAAUUUGAAACCGGAUUUGAAAAUGGUGGUCAAACUCAUGAGCAUGCUAUGUUAUUGCGCUCACUGGGAGUCGGACAAGUGGUGGUAGCGGUGAAUAAGUUGGAUACAGUAGAUUGGUCACAGGACCGGUUCCACGAAAUCACUACCAUAAUGGAGUUGUUUUUAACAAAGCAAGCCGGAUUCAGUCAUGUGCGUUAUGUGCCGGUUUCUGGUCUUGACGGAGACAAUUUAUCAGAUCGUAUACAAAGCAGUCAUCCUCUCGCAAAGUGGUACAGCGGUCCAUGUCUUUUGGAACUCAUAGAUACGUUUUCUGCACCACCUCGUGCAAGUGAAGGACCGGUAAGAAUAGUGAUUAAUGAUGUAUUUAAGAUGACGACAAAUCUACUUAGUUUGAGCGGAAAAAUCGAGUCCGGAGAGGUGGAAGCGGGAGACAAAUUAUAUAUAAUGCCUACCGGAGAUGCAGCUGUUGUUAAAGCAUGCUCAAACGACAAUGGUGGUGCAGUAGAUAUUUGUAUGGCUGGUGAUCAAGUACUGCUAACGUUAAACGGGACUUUUGAAGCGGAUACAAUUCACACGGGGCAUGUGGUAGUAAGUGGUGGACAGGAUGUAUUGAUGCCAUGUCGUCAUUUUGUUGCACGAAUUGUAGUAUUGGAUAUAGCACCGAUCGUAAAGGGAACAAAGGCAGAGCUCUACUGUCAUUCGUUAUGCGAAUCGUGUACGGUGGUGAAACUCCUUUCUUCGAUUAACAAAGGAGAUGGUAGUGUCAUAAAAAAAAAACCCAGAUUUCUUGCAAAACAAAUGAGUGGCAUUGUGGAAAUCCUGACUGACCGGGAAGUAGCGAUUGAAGCUUACACAAAAUGCAAGGCGCUUGGACGUAUCACAAUACGGGCUAGGGGCAAAACAAUCGCGGCAGGCAUUGUGGAACGUAAGCUGUCUUGA